AUGGACCCCGACGGAAGGAGAAGAGUCGCGGGGAACCCGGAUCGCCGCCAACAGAAGGCGAAGGAAACCGAGACACCCGAGUCCCCAACCUGCAAUGGCAACUGCGGCGAUACUGGACCCGCAGAGGUCGCGGAGGAGGGGAUGCUGAUGCGUGAGCUGGAGGCAUUGGUCCAGGAGGUAGUGAAGACGAGUAGUUGGUGGGAGCAGCACGGCCUGGAUUGCUUCAUCCUUGCUCUUAACUUCCUUGCUCUGCCUUUAGGAUUCCUGUGUCUUCGAUCCCAGAGUAUCCUGGUCUUUGCCCUAGGGAUCAUCAUCCUGGGAGUGGUGCACCAUACAUUCACAGUCAAGGGUAGCCACCUGGCCAGCCACGGUGCCCUCAGCAAAUCCAAACACUGGAGCAGAUUUUGGGUGCUCUUCUUUGUGGAAGUAUGCACUUCCUUCACGGCUGAACAAGCCACACAUGGCCAUGUGAAACUACAUCAUGGUUAUACCAAUGUAGUGGGCUUGGGCGACUCGAGUACAUGGAAGUUGCCAAUCCUGAAUCGAUAUGUGUACAUGUUCUUGGCUCCAUUCAUGAUACCCAUAAUCACCCCUCUGGUGGCACUUGGGCUACUGAGGAAGGAAGAGCCCAGGGUAGUUCUUCGGACCUUGUGCCUCAUGUCCCUGGGGCUCUUCUCUCACUACUGGCUGCUGAUCACUGUCUCUGGCUUCCAGUCAUCUGGGUUUGCACUUCUCUGCAUGUUUGUGAGCCGGGGCUUGCUGGCUCACCCCUACCUCCACGUCAACAUCUUCCAGCACAUUGGGCUCCCCAUGUUCUCCUUGGAUAAGAAGCCCCGGAGGAUUCACAUGAUGAGUCUUGGGGUUCUCAACCUGCCUCGAAACCCCAUCCUGGACUGGACCUUCGGCCAUUCCAUUAUCAGCUGCCAUGUGGAACAUCACCUCUUCCCCUGGCUCUCUGACAACAUGUGUCUAAAGGUGAAACCAGUGGUGUCUCAAUUUCUUCGAAGAAACCAUCUGCCAUACAAUGAAGACUCAUACCUGUCACGAUUUGGGCUUUUCUUGAGCCGAUAUGAGGAACUCAUGGUGCAAGCCCCUCCAAUCACUGACAUCGUGGGGCUCCAGUGA